AUGCUCUCUUUACGUUUGUACGCUCAAAAAACUCUGACUAGGAGCAUUUCAGGGUGGUCAGACAAUUUGCGUAAGCAAACUAGGCUAUCUGAUACUAUUUAUUCCCGAGAGGACAAAUAUGGAGCGCAUAAUUAUCAUCCUCUACCAGUAGCUUUGAGCAAAGGCAAAGGUAUUUACGUUUGGGAUGUUGAGGGAAACUGUUAUAUGGAUUUCCUGAGUGCUUAUAGUGCAGUAAACCAAGGACACUGUCAUCCACGUAUUAUUGAGGCACUCAAAACUCAAUCAGAAACACUCACUCUUACCUCACGUGCAUUUUAUAACGUUUGUUUGGGAGAAUUCGAGGAGAUGGCAGCAAAAAUGUUUGGGUACGAUAAGGUUUUGCCUAUGAAUUCAGGAGUCGAAGCUGGUGAAACUUCGAUAAAACUUGCACGAAAAUGGGGUUACAAAGUAAAGAAUAUUCCGGAUGGACAAGCCAGAGUAGUAUUUGCUGAAGGAAACUUUUGGGGUCGCACUUUAGCUGCAUGCUCUUCAUCUACUGAUCCUACUUGCUACUCAGGAUUUGGACCAUUUAUGCCCGGAUUUGUCACUGUUCCUUAUGAUGACUUGAAUGCUCUCGAAACCGAAUUAAAAAAUCAUAAUACUUGUGCAUUUAUGGUGGAACCGAUUCAAGGUGAAGCUGGUGUUCGUACACCUUCAGAUGGUUACCUAAAGGGUGUGCGAAAAUUGUGUACUAAAUAUAAUGUGCUGUUUAUAGCUGAUGAAAUACAAACUGGUUUAGGUCGAACAGGAAAACGAUUGUGUGUAAAUCAUGAAGAUGUUCGACCAGAUAUCGUUCUACUUGGGAAAGCUUUAUCAGGAGGAGUACUUCCAGUAUCCGCUGUUUUAGCUGAUGAUUCAGUUAUGUUGACUAUUCAACCUGGUGAACAUGGAUCAACUUAUGGUGGUAAUCCAUUAGCUUGUAAAGUUGCUAUGGCUGCUUUAAGAGUAUUGGAAGAGGAAGGUUUAGCAGAACAUGCACAGAAAUUAGGUGAAAUCUUUCGUCAGGAACUGAGUAAACUUCCAAAAUCUGUCGUUGAAUUAUAUCGUGGUAAAGGUCUUUUAAACGCGAUUGUAAUUCGUCAAGGAUUUAAUGCGUGGGAUGUCUGUUUAAAAUUACGCGAUCAUGGUUUAUUGGCUAAGCCAACACAUGACACAAUCAUUCGAUUAGCACCGCCUUUAGUUAUUAAAGAAGAUGAACUGCACAAAGCGACAGAAAUUAUACACAAAGUGAUUGGUUCAUUGAGUAGAUCGUGA